AUGGAGCGCGAGAAAUCACGCAUGCAGGAACAGGGUGGUUUGACUGCUGAAGAUACUGAAGGGAGCAUGUCCGCGAGAUUCUUUAUUAUUCUGACUGUUGUGGGCUUGGGUGCUCUUGCAGCAAGCUUAGGGCGAACAUUUGGUCCCCAGCAACCGGCGCCUGCUGCUCGUGGGCAUUCUGUGACGAAAAAUUAG